AUGACAUCUUCAGCUAGCAAAUGCGGACCAGCGGCACUACAGCAAAGAAGUCGUAUCGACUUUCAAACUGUCGUACAAGACAACCAUCAGAUCCGUUUCAUCAAAUAUACUCAGGGUCUCCUCUCGCUACCUCUCGAUGGCAGCCAUCUCACACUGAUCCAGGUGGCAUGGCAGUUCAAAGAAAGCCUUACUCAGCCGCGACCAACAACGCCCUCUCGGCUCCCAGCCAUCCUAACAAACUGCAGGGCUGGUAAAUUGGACGAUUCUACACCAGAGGCGCGGUUCUAUGAACAAGGCGGGAGUCGUGCUGUUGAUGCCUUCUGUGCUGCACUACGAGAAGUACCCCAAAUUGAAGUUGCCGCUCAUAAAGCUGAUCGGAAGGCAUAUAUUGAACAGUACGGAGGACGCCACGCAGUUCAGGCUUUCCAUGCUAUUGAGAGUCUUCAUGGCAGCGACGAUGUCGAUAAAGCCAAGGCGCUCAUUCGAGACUAUGGUGGAACACAAGCCCUGGCUUUUUAUGCGGCAGCCAAAACGUCCAGUCCAAAAAGUAUCACCCUGAUAAAGGACUUUUCCGAAGGCGAUAUUGAUACUCUUCUCGAUUGUAUUAGUGAGGUGGAGUUGCACCGCGAUCUAUUCUACAUUAUUGAGACGCUCAUACGGACGCAAAAACCCCCACAAUGGAAGACCGACAAGACUCAUAUUGGGCGUGCAUCUCAUAGUACUCGUGGGGGAACAAGACAACAAAAGCGAGAAUUGUCUAAGCUCAGGCGUCGCCAAAAUCGCCCAUCCUUAACAACCAGGCACGGCACACAGAACCUCUCGCAUCAUGCCGACUUUACACAAGCGACCCAGAUGCCGAACACAAGCAACCAAAUGAACAUAGCCGAGACGACUCCAAAUCGGAAUGAGGCGUCACAGAUGAACGUCCUCCCAGUCCAUCAAAGCGGCCAGGAUGAAGCCGUGUCCUUUGUUGACUUCACGGAGACGAAUCUAAGUGCGCUCUUGGCAACGGAUUUUCACUUCUCCGGGGCUCUCGAAUAG